AUGAAGGUCACUCUCGCCAUCCUCGCCGUCGCCGGCUUCGCUGCCGCCCAGGACUUUGCUGGCCAGCCUCAAUGCGCUAUUCCCUGCAUCACCAAAGCUGUUCCCCAGACUGGCUGCAAGCUCGAGGACGUCGCAUGUGCUUGCAAGAACCAGCAGAAGCUCAUGGAACUUGUCGCGCCCUGCAUCAUCAAGGAGUGCAAGACCGAGGACAUCCCCAAGGCCCAGUCGGCCGCCGCCGCCGCCUGCGCCAAGGUCUCUGGCAGCUCCUCCGUGUCGGGCUCUUCUCACUCUGGGUCCAUGUCCAUAACCAGCUCCCAUGCCGGCAGCAUGUCCCACACCAGCUCCCGUUCCACCCCCACCAGAGCCGCGUCGAGCAGCGCGAGCGACUCUGACGACGACGACUCCACGCCCACGGCCGCCGGAUCUCGCGCUGCCAGCACCUCGACUCGGAGCGCUUCUCCAAGCUCCAGCUCCGGCGCUGCUGCAGGUGGCCCUGUCACUGGUGCCCUGGCUGCCAUUCUGGCCGCCGCCAUGGUCCUGUAA